AUGUGGUUGAAACGUUUGAAGGUGGUCAAGAAGACAGUUCUUGGGCAAGAAAGAGAAGGUGUCAUGGCUGAUAUUCAUGCUGCAAGCUUUCCUGUUCUCACAGACAAAAAGUGGAGCAGGUGGAGUCCACAGAUGAAGAAAAUACAAAAUGCUGCUACGACGAGUGAAGCUUGGGGCAUACAUGUGAGAUGCCAUGCUGGAGAUGAAAAAAUUAAGAAGGUGAAGCUUCAAACGUUAAGGAGACAAUACGAGCACUUGCAGAUGGAUGACAGUGAUAAGGUGAGUAAGUACUUCAACAAAGUAUUGUCAAUAGCUAACCAGAUGAAAGGCUAUGGUGAAAUUGAGAAGAUUAUUGAGAAGGUUGUGAGAUCACUGCCUCAGAAGUUUGAUCAUAUUGUGGUAGAAAUUGAGGAGUCCAGGGAUCUUGAAAAACUAAAGAUAGAAGAACUUCAAAGUUCCUUGGAGGCACAUGAAAUGAGAAUGCAGGAAAGAAAUCCUAUCAAGCCUGAUGAGCACGCGCUGAAGGCACAUCAUACCAUGGGCGAAGGGAAAACGAAGUUCAAGAAGUGGAAGGGAAAGUCAAGUAAAGGAAAAUGGAAGAAUGAUAAUGGUACAAAUGAGCAAGAUGAAAGAAAGUGGUUGGUGAAUUUUGACGAAACCAAGAAGAUCAAAGGCAAGUUCGUAGACAAUAAUACAUUGAUGGUUGAAGGAAUGGGUGAUUUGAUCAUCAAUAGGAAGAAUGGUUCACAAGCUAUAAUUUCCAGUGUGUUAUUCGUUCCUGCAAUGAAGUGUAAUCUUCUUAGUGUUGGGCAAUUGGUAGAAAGAGGAUAUACUGUAAUAAUGGGAAAUAGUGAUAGAGUUGAGUUGCUUGAUAGCCACAAGAAGCUAAUCUUGAUGAGCAAGAUCUCUAAGAACAGGACCUUUCAAAGAUUUGUAGAGGCUUGGCAAGCAAACCAGAAAGCCAUUCCAGUCUCAGUCAAGGAGAGAUCAAAGGAGUGUCUUGAAGUUGUACAUUAUGAUGUCUGUGGUCUGAUUAAGGUUCCCUCUUUGGUAGGCAACAAAUAUUUUCUGGCUUUUGUUGAUGAGCACAACAGAAUGAUGUGGCUAUAUUUGAUCAAGGCAAAGAGUGAAGUCUUGGAGAUGUUCAAGAGAUUUAAAGCUGGUGUAGAAAAGGAGAGUGGGAAGGUGUUGAAAAUUCUCAGAACUGAUGGAGGUGGAGAAUACACCUCACAUACCUUUGAGAGUUAUUGUCAAAGCAAUGGAAUCAUGCACGAAGUCACUACACCGUAUAUGCCGCAACACAAUGGCUAG